UUACAGCAUGCUGCAGGUCAGUGGAUUCGUUUGGAAUCGUUUGGAAGAACUGCGUGAGAAGGUCAUGCCUGAAAUUGGUUACCAAUUACUACACAACUAUGCUGACCAAAUUCAAAAUUGGGGUUGGAUCUGCAACAUUCAUUCUCAAGCAUCAAGAUCAUUUACCAGGGUACUUUUAUCUUUUGUUCCAUCACUUUGUGACCGUCUAGUGGAGUAUAUUCUUAUGUAGAAAUUGAGGCCCAUGUCAAAAUAAAUGUGCGUCCCUUUUUACAUAGUCAAGGAUUAUGAUCUUUUGUUUGAUUCUAGCAUUUAUCUUCGUUGAGCAUUACACUCAUUGUCAUGUUCUACAGCGUGCUACAGAUGAGCAAAUUUGUUUGGAAGAACUGCUUCAGAAGGUAAUGGUUGUUUAAAAACUCAUUGAUGUGUUAUUUCAAUGUGGAGUCUGUAACUUAGUGAAUUAUCAGGUCCUUUCUGGACAAAAGAGAACAACAACCUAUCUUGAUUCCGAGCAAGAAUUGGUACAUUUUUGGUCAUCUAAUGUGAAAUAGCUUUGCAUUGUGCCGCUUGGUUUGUGGGGAAGACUUGAAACUCUUUAUAAUAGGUAACUUUGAUCUUUGAGUCUUUGACCAUACUAUUAUGCUGACCCAAUUUAAAACUGGGGUUGGAACUUGGAUCUGCGACAUUCAUUGUCAAGCUUCAAGAUCAUUUACCAGGUAAGUUACGGAUCUUUGUUUAGAUUUUCAUCACAACCAGUCUACAGAACUCGAUAAAAUUGCCAUUUACCUGAAAUUCCAUUCCACUAAAUUUUGCAACAUUCAUUGAAGUUGAACCUAACACUAGCAUGAAGUUAUAUGUUUUGGUUAAAGCAGGAACUUAAAUCUGAUUCACAAGCAACCAACAUCUGUCACACUUCUUGCGUUAACAUUCUCUAAUACUUGUCUCUGUCAUAUUAUACGUUCAAAAAGUUAAGUACAUGUAAACCAUUUGCAAAUCAGUCGUAUAUGGGAAAGGUAAUUCAGUACUGAUUGUAGUUGUUAAUACAGGAUUAGGAAGUGACAUCAACUAAUAGGAAAUAAGAAUUGGGAUUGGGAAUUAUUGGGAAUAAAGCUACACUGUAUAGUAAAUACACAAGGGCUGGGAGAGAUUGCUCACCUACAUUCUCGAACCUUUUACUACACUUUAGAGCUUAUUCUCUUUAGCGAUCCUGUUCCUCCCUCUGAAGGAAAUAUGCCUACCUAAGUAUGGAAAACAAUGCAUGAACAACACUUCUUCUCAGACUAGUUAUUCCAUUCUGAGGUAUCAAUACCACAGUUUAUAUCAGUUCUGUGCUCCAUCUUGUUGAAAGCAAGAAGGAUUUUUGAGGGUUUAAGGCUUUCAAGUGUCAUUUGUGCACAUGGUCUCUUAAGGUCCAUUUUAUGUUUUAAUUGGGUUGAUUAUAGCAAGUGAGUUAUGAAUUGUUACUUCUAAGGGAAUUUUUUUUGUUCUAAUACCAUCAAUAACAAGACAAUGCUAGAGAUUCUCUUAUUGAAUUUUGAGGCCUUGAAAAUCGAAUAGCUUCCAGCUAUUCCAACUUAUUUUAGAAAACUAUUCAUGACAUCUUUCAUGUUUUAGGAAAUACUCCACUGGCUAACAAGAUUCUUUUGCAUGUGUUUGAUAAGAAAAUGGUUGUUUUCUUGUUACCACAAGAUUCGUGUAUUUUGGGCAUUAGUGUAACUGAUGUGGAUCUGUAAGAAUUUCUUCGACAGAUUAGUCCAUUGAUACUAACUAGCUCUCAUAUUUCACUCCUUCAUUUACUUAACCCUAAUCUUCCUCAUGUGGAAUCUUACUUGUGUUCUUGCGUACAUGCUGUGUCAUGUUCUUUGAAUAAUGUAUUUGCAUUGCAACCCACUUAACUAACUCCCCUGUUUUAACGUUACUCCCUUCCUCCAAUUAACGCCUCCCUUUAAUUUAUUCCACCCCUCUCAUUUUUCUUUUGAUUAUACAUCGACAAGAACCGGAGGAGAUGAAGCCAAAUGCGACCAACGAAAUUCUGAAAGAUAGUGCUUUUAUACGUUUUUCCUUUAUACGUUAUCCUUAGACAAACUUUUGUUAUUCACUUCUUCUAUUAGUUUUCUAUUUCAAUUUCCUCUUACAUCAAUAGCUUACUCAAAGAUGAAGACAAAUGUAUAGUUGUUUAUACUUCAAGCCACUCUAUGAGAUCAUUGCUAUGUGGAAUCCAUUCGGCGCCAAGUUAAGGUAAACUAUUUAGGUGAGAUUUGUUCACAGUUUUAAAAAAUGACUUUUCUAACUUAGAGUUUGACUAUUUGCGUUAUCCAAAAAGGUGAUUGGUUUAGGUUACUUCUCUAUUUUUUAAUUCUGAUAACGUAAUAGGAAGCUCCUACAAUCGUUUGACCAAAAAAAUAACUUCAUUCGUUCAAAUUGAAGUAAUCUUUACAAAAAUGUAUGUAUAAAGAUAAAACAGACGAACAAGGUGAUUUUUGAUGAUGUUGAAAGUUGAUAUAUAUGUGUCUGUCUGGUUUAAAUUCAAGAGGUUUUGGAAGUUUGUGAGUUUAGAUGCUAUUUGCUUUAUUAAAAGCUAGCAAAAUCUAGCAGUUACUAUGCUUUUCAUUAGGAGCUUAAAAGGAUUUAGUUUCUUUCUAGAAAAAGAAACAUCGAUGGUCUUACCGUUCUUAGUUUUAUUGAUAAAUAUUAGUGUUUUGUAGUGAUGAAUGUUGAGGUUCAAGAAAUAAUGUUGUUCCUUCUCUAUUUAUCCUGUAUUUAAAUCACUAUAUUGCAUUCAUGAUCAUUAUAUUCUUCUCAGUUGAAAUGAAUCACCCUUCCCUCACUGUAUUCAUUUAUUAUGUUAUUGUUUAAGUUGGUUUACAUAGCAUGAUUUGUACAUGUAUGGAGAAAUCCUCAGCAUUCUCUAACAUUGAAUGAAAGGAGCAAAAACCGCACUGGAUCAGGUGCUGGAAUACUUUCUGAUUUACUGCCCAUCUGUAGCUAUUUUAGUAGAUUAGUGUAGAGAUUCCACACAUUAGUGCUUUUAUGCAGUUUAUAUUGCAAUCACAUUUCUUUUGAUUAAUUUACUACUGUUAAUUGCAAAAGGAUAUAGACUCACUUAAUCCUAAAUACAGAUUUGUAAAUGUAUGAAUUAUAAUACUCACAUAUCUUCUCUGUUCCUCCAGCGUAUCUCUUUAUAGAAGCAAGUCUCUGGUUGGUAUUUCGUGAACACGUCGCUUGGAUUAGUUUCUAUGUGGAAAUAGUUGCUUGAAAAUCCAAAUAAAAUGAACAGGCACCUCUAUUUAUCUGGUAACGGGAGAUUUGAAGCUCAAUUCGGUGAGGGGUUAUCUUGUAUGAUUUCACAAGGGUUGUUGCGGAGUUGGUUUUCAACAGCCUCGAUGUUGGUUUCACCAAGGUAUGUGUUGCUAUAUGUAUUGGGACCUACUAUGUUAAGGUGGAUGACAAUGGUAUCUGUUGUUAUAGGCAUUGGGAUCUGCUAUGUUAAGUUCUCUGUUGUUAUAGGCAUUGGGACCUGCUAUGUGAAGGUGGAUGACAAUGGAUCUGGUGUUUCACGAGAUGGACUGGUGCUGAUAAGAGAAAACUAUGGUUAUCUUUUUGCAAAAUGUUGGACUGCCAUCAUCUUUUCUAUUGUAUUGAUGCUGCUGUAAAUAAUCUCUUUUGCUUGACAAGUGACAACUAUGAUGUUCAUAACUUGGAAUGAUUGUUGUAGUUUUUAGGAUUGCAUGCAUUACUCAACUGAUAAGCUGUUUGACGGUUGUGUUCAUUAGUUUUUUAUUCUUUGCAGAUGUUCUUUUAUGUAUUUUUUUGUGGUUUUACUUGUAAUUGGACAAAACUUGUAUGGUUGUACACCACACAAAA